CAUGGCGGCGGUGAAGCUUCGCAGUGCGAGGUCAGCUAGCACAUCACAACCAAGCUACGAAAUCUGUAAAACGUUGUAAUUUUUUUUAUUUAUUAACCGUUGUCGAUAUGACCGCAUUACCUCAGGCCUUUAUAAAUGUUGAGUAUGAUAACUUCCGGUGAAACACGAGUGUUUUGAGCAUGGGAGUGCUGACAGAGUUGGUCGCCAUGGACACAAAACCAGGGUAUUGUCACAGCUCAUCUGGUAAACUGAUGAAUCAGUACAUGAUCAAAGAUCACAUGUUUUCACAUUACAGAAAGCUUUAUUCAGCCAAAGCUGCCGUGGAUUGCUCUGUGCCUAAAAGCAUGCAGUAUAAUGUCAAAUAUGUUGAUCAGAAACGUGUUGAGCAGCUGAAGAAAGACUCACAGAGUCGCUCUGGAAGAUCUGAGUCACAGAGAAGCACCAGGUUCAACUCGAGAGCCUCCUGUUCUUCUAAAAAUAGCGGAGCAUCGGCUCACGGCGAUAACACCUUGAACCAUUCAACAAUAUCAUCACCCAGGAUCAGCACCUCAUUCCAAUCCAAGCAAAUUGUGUAUCCGUCUCAAACUGCUGUUGGAAAUCAUUUUCGGUCUUCCUCCGAGUUGCAGGGAUACAGAAGCCCAAACCUUCUGUUGGGCCAUUUAUCUUCCAUCGGUCAAAGACGAUACAAAACCUUUCAGGAUCCGACACAGAAGACCUACAGCGGUGACGUGCUGUUAAAACAUGCUCAUCACUUCACGCAAGAGAAACUCUUUACACCGAGAACCUUGAAGUCCAAUCACAAGUCUACACUCUUACAAUAUCGCUAUUACACACCGCCAAAGAGGAAGGAUGAAGAGAAAAGGUCUUCCUCUUUCCAAAUGACUCGACAGGAGAGCUCACAGUCCAAGCGAGGCUUCUCACCGCAGUUAGAUUCACCACAGGCAUUUAGUGUUGUUCACGAGUGGUCGGAUGAGGAAUCAGAUUCAUUCAGACGUCACAGGACAGCAGAUUUUCUUCUGUCGUCCUCCAGGCUUUCACCAGAGGGCAUGAAGUCUCCCAUAAUGAGAAAAGUUUCAGCGGAGGAAGAAGAAUUAAUGUACCUGGAGUUUAUCGCGGAUGUGACGAAUGAGAUCUUAGCUCAGGGUCUGCACUCUGACAGGGUCCUGAAGAGGGUUUUUGAACGUCACGUUGAUAUGAACAGACAUCGAUUAGAUGAGAAUAAAAUGCGCCACCUCCUGGACAACCUGCAUAAUGACCUGCAAAAUCCUUCUGAUGUAUCUGUCUCAUUCCUGAGCAUCCAUGAAUCUGACAAAGCUUUAAACCUCAGACAAGAGCUUUCAUCAGUGAUCAGAGACGACGCUGGUUUUAUUUCUCAUGCAGUGUUCGAUGUGGUCAGAGGUCAGAGAGAGAACAUCACAUCCACACCAUUGAAUGACAGCCUGCUGGAAAGCUCCAGUUCACUACACCUGGAGAAAGUUGAAAAGGAACCAGAGUUAAAUCUUGAGUUUAACCCUGACACAGGCUGUGAAAUGUCUCUUCAUGAAAGUGAACGCGUCACCUGUUCUGAGGAUUAUCUCAGAAACACUGCACGUGAAUAUGAACUGUUGGAACAGGUAGAUGAAAUUGGGAAUAGCAUGAGAGAGUUGUUAAAAGUGUCAGAGAUUCAAAAGAACCAGUUAAAGGAAGAGCAGAUGAAAGACAAACUUAGUGAUGAUGAGUUUUAAACUCUUUCAGUGUUCAAUGAAACUUCUGAUAAAUCUUUAUUUGCUAUUUUUUAAACUUGGCAGAAUUUCUGAUGGUCUGAAGUUUUUCCCUAUUUCUUUUUAUUUGUUCAUCUCUGUACUGUACACACAAUCCUAUAAUUGUCAUCAAGAUUUGUUUCAGUAUUUUUCAACAACACAUUUUCUGCUGUAUCAAUUGUUAUGGUUAGAUUUCUGAAGUUCGCUGCUUUUAAUUGUUUUGUUCAUUAAUUUAAGCGUUCAUUGGUCAUGUAGUCAAGGUUAGAUUCAGGUGCUAUCCAGUGUGAGAUCAAUCAGAGAUUCUUCUGAAGGUUUGUUGAGUUUUAGUUAAAGAAGCACACGACAGGGACAUUUGCAGUAUUAAUAUAGUGAUAUUUAUUCCUGACUCAGUGGAGAGACUGGAGUUACAGCUUUUACUGCUGAUUUAUAGUAUUUGAAAUAAUAUUUGAUUUACUUUGCAUUAUGUUGUGUAUAUUUGUUUACUCGUUUAACUACCAUUGUAAAUGAUCAGCUCUUUCAAACCAUUCAGCUGUACAUGAGAGUUCGGAAGCGAUUUGUUUAUUUUGUUUCUCUAAUACUUAUGUUGGUUUGUGCUGAAAAUUGAAGUUUUAACCAUCAGUGGCUUAACACAUAUCAAGUGUGAUACUUGAUUAUUAAUGCUGAUCGUCUGUGACACUGAAGCACACACAAAUGUCAAUCAAAAAUGUAUUCUCUAUUGUACCUGCUGAUUUUAUGAACUACUGACAUAUUAAAAAAAUACCUUUUAA